AUGAGGGAAUCUCUGACAAUGAGUGUGAAUGGAUUAAACUUUGAACAGCAGAUCGACUUGUGGAAGCAUUUCCCGCGCUCAUGUGUGGAGAAAAUGGCAACGUGGACAAAAAGAAAGCCAGCUCGUCCAGAUGAUCCAGUGAUGAGGAUUCUCCUGGUGGGCAGGAAGGGUUCUGGGAAAAGCUCAUCUGGAAACACCAUCCUGGGAAACAAGAAGUUUAAAGUCUACAAACAAAAUAAGAAACAUGAGUCUGAAGUGUGUAAGUCUGACACUAAGAUCAGAGGAAUGCAGGUUGAUGUGCUGGACUGUCCAGAUCUGCUGGAUCCAGAUGUGGAUAAAGAUAAACUGCAGAAACUGGAGGAGCAGCUGCUGUCUGCAUGUUCAGCAGGUCUCAGUUCAGUUCUGCUCACCGUUCCUCUGGAGGAACCACUGCAGAAUGAAGAGGAGAUGCUGGACUAUAUUAAGCGUCUGUUUGAUCCUGAAGUGCAGAAGUACAUCAUGAUCCUGUUCACACAUGAGGAUGAGCUUGAGAAUCUGGAUGAACCACUGAGCAAUGAGCAAUAUCUCCAAAAUCACGCAGAUCUCCAGCGGCUGGUGACUGAAUGUGAAGGAAGAUUUCACUGUUUUGACAACAACUGUAAAUCAGGAGAUCAGGUAAAUGAUCUGCUGCAGAAGAUUGAGAGAUUAGUGGAGGGGAACGGAGGGAACUUUAUCAAGCACAUGAGAAGGACCAACAGCAAGGACAAAAUUAUUAGUUUUUUAGGAGCAAGUUCAGCUGGAGAACAGUCAGAUGAGCUUCAGGUUCCUGAAGGUGAAAAAGAGGUCAGACUGGUUCUGCUGGGAAAAACUGGAGUGGGGAAAAGUGCCACCGCCAACACCAUCAUCGGCAAAAACCGCUUCAAAUCUACCAGCAGUUCACGCUCUCAGACCAAACUGUGCCAGACAGAAACUAGACUGAGGAGCAGUAAGCAGAUCUCCGUCAUCGACACUCCUGGACUGUAUGACACUGAACUGAGUGAAAAGGAGAUCAUUACAGAAAUAGCCAAAUGCAUAACUUACGCUUCUCCUGGUCCACACGCUUUCAUUAUUGUGAUUAAAGUGGGCAGAUUCACUGAAGAAGAGAAAAACACAAUACAGCAGCUGAAAGAGGUGUUUGGAGAACAGAUGGAGAAAUACUCCAUGAUCAUCUUCACUCACAAAGAUCAGUUAGAGGAAAAAAAAACCAUCGAGCAGUUCCUACAGGACAGCGAUCCAGGUCUUAAAGAACUUGUGGAGAGUUGUGGGAAGCGAUUCCUCUGUUUGGACAAUAAGUCUGCCAGUUUCCCCCAGUUUAAAGACCUGAUCAGUAAAGUAGAGGAGAUGGUGGAGGAAAAUGAAGGAGCACACUUCUCCAGUGAGAUUUUUGAAGAAAUACAGAAACGCAUUGAGGAGAUCCAGAAGCAGAAAUUGCAGGAGAAAGUGAAGCAGUUCAAGCAGGAGGGCAAGAAGGUCACUCAGACAGAAUGGCAGAAGAUAUACUGGAGUUUAGUGCAGGAGUCCAAGCAUGAAGCUAAGGAAACCAAUAUUGAUAUGUUUUUAAAACAUUAUGCCACAUCUGUAGCAAAACAUGAGGCGAUGUUAAAAGUGACCAGUGAGGAGAAAGAGGCUGCCAUUGCAGAGGCUAAGAGGAUGGGAGUCAGUCAUGGAAAUGCUGUUAAACUUGCAAUUAUAGCUACACAGAAACUAGCCAAACAGAAGUGUAAAGUUAUGUGAGGGAUUCAGUCAUGAUCAGACAAAUGAGCCUUCCUUCAGGUUUUCAUGCUAAUGAUAAUAUUGAAGCCUAAUAUGAUCAAGUCAAAGCUGGAGGCAUCUUUACUGCUAUCUGCUGCUUAUGGGAGCUUCUGUGUCUCAGUCUGUAUACUGUGAUCAUAUUUUACAGUAGUCUCUGCAUUACACUUACAUUGACUUAAACACUUAAACUGCUUGUGAUAUAAUCAGCUGUAAGAUUUAUAUAUACGCAGGACUGAUUAUGUUAUUCUCACUCCGUCACAGAUGUGAUAUUUUGUUGUUUGCUUUGUUUUUUUUUUCACUUAUGACACAUUAUUGUGAUGUUUUUUAUUUGGACUACACAAUCUAAUCAGACACGAUUUAAUUAAAGCAAAGCAGAGACAAAAAUGCUGAUGUAAAAUACAAGAAACAAGAAGGUUCAUUUGAAGAAAAAGCCAAAUAUGGUCAAAUAUGGUGAAGUCUUUUCAAGACUUAAAUCUAACACUAACAGUUUUAGCACUUUGUAUUAUUAUAACCCCCUGCUCUGCACACUACACUGGACUAUCAGAGACUCGUCACAGCCUACAUGUUGUUUGUAUAUCGAUUUGAUAAAUUCUGUUGUCCUCAUUCAUAAUUAAUUUUAGAUAAAAUCAUCUGCUAAAUGAACAUAUGUAUAAAUAAAUUCAUUGGAAUAUGUAAGCAUGUAAGAGAUUUUAAACAUUGGGAAACUGAAUAAAUGUACUUUAUGGUGCUGAA